AUGAAGGCUUCCAUCGUCCUCGUCUCCUUCCUCGGCCUAGUCUCCGGCAUGGUACUCCCCGGACACCGUGUCAGUCCCAGCGGUGCUAAGCCGCAGCCCCGGUCCCUCUUCAGGCGUGAGGCCAAUUUGGACUACCGCUAUACCCCAGGGGCACAGGCAUGCCGCGCCAUUCUCACCACGUGCCGAGCUUCGUCAGACUGCUGCUCGGGAAUGAAGUGCGUGAGCGCCGAUGGCGAGUCGGUUUGCACUCCCAGCGAUUAA